UUAAUUAAGAAUGCGUGGACCACGUUCAACUAGUCCUUGUCCAACUAAAGAAUAAGUUGAAAAACUAAAGUUAUUAUAAACAGCAAUUAAGAAAAGAACUGUAAAACCAGAUUUUAUAACUACUUACAAAAUUCAUAUCAUAAUAUCAAGUAAUUAAAGUAUUAAGAAUAUUUAGUUGUGAUUGGUUUUUUAAUUAUUUCUAUUUUAUCAUUUACCAAGUAAACAAAAGAAUAUAUUAUCAUAAAUGAAUCUGAAAUAAAAUCACAUAAUUCAUAAGGUCAUUCAUACACAUUGGGUCCAAAUGCUUUUUUCUAUGUUUUAAUUAUUAUAAUGACAAUAGAAUAUAACAUUAAUGUAAGCAAAAACAUUAUUUAAAAACGAUUUCACUUAAUAAAUAAAUGUGGAAAAAUGUAAAUUAUCAUUUAAUGAUGAAAUCCCUAUUUAUUACAAUUUUAAAGAAAGUUAUCCAUAAUGCAAUCAUCAAGUUUAUAAUUAAGGAAAUUGUUCGUCAUCUUAUUCUAUUGCUGUAUCUUCUUCAUUCUCAGAUAGAGUAUGCAAAUAAAAUUAGACUUAACAAUUGUCUGCUUAAAAUUUAUUAUCUUGUGAUGGUAAAUUAAAUUUAGGAUGUAAAGGAGGACAUUUAACAAAAUCAGCUGAUUAUAUAAUAAAACAUGGAUUAACUACAAAUUAAUGUCAUCCUUUUAGAGGAGAUGAUACAUUUAAAGAAUGUACAAAUGCACUUGCACAUUGUUAAAGAUAUAAAGCUCAUUCUUAUUGUUAAUUAUAGAAUAAAGAAGUAUUAUUAUUAUAAUUUAAAUUAUAGGAUAUAAAAAGAGAUCUUUUGAUAAAUGGUCCUGUAGUUGCAAUUAUGCCAGUUUAUAAGGACUUUUUAAUUUAUAGAGAUGGCAUUUAUCAAGUAUUAGAAGGUUAACCACAUUUUCAUGGAGGAUAAGCUAUCAAAAUAAUAGGAUGGGGUGAAUUAAAUGCUUAAUAGUAUUGGAUUAUAGAAAAUACUUGGGGUGAUACUUGGGGAAUUAAUGGAUUGGCGAAAAUUGCUAUUGAUAGUUUCUCUGAAAUGUCUUAAUAAGCAUUAUCAUUAAACUAUUGA